AUGCCGAAUAGCUGCAAUGCUUUGCAGGGGAUAGCGAUGUCGUCUUCGAGGACAAAGCUGCGCCACUUACCUUCUCGAUAUGCCGCAAAGUAG